UGUUACUACGAAGGUGCUACAAAUUACAAAUAAACAUUUCAUAAAAUCGCGGGAGGCCAUAGUUACUAGAUUAUUUCUACAUUAUAUCGAGAUAAGAGGCCUGGUAGGGCACUGUUGUCGGAUUUACUGUCUGUCACCACGGCUUGUAUCUAAAGUAGGCUGUGGCUGUGACAAUGAUCUUAAAUUUAAAUUUAAUGUAUUACUUGUAUUGUGUUAGUGGACUUUAUGUUAAAAAUCGUAGAAGUUAUAAAGUAACUUCGAAUUUAGAUGCUUGGCGGUACUGAGAGAUGACUGAUCAAAGAACUUAAUGAAUAUAGAGAUAUAUGUGAAAUGCCAAUGCAAAGAGCUGUCAAAAUUUAAGAAAUGACAGUGUUUUAUAACGGACGUACGUCUAGUUAAAAAGAAUAAUUAUUGUCAAAGAUAGAAUUAAGAAGAUUAAAAUUUUAUGCAAAGAUAUUAUAUUCCAUAUUAUUUAUUAUUAUCUACUUUAGCAUUAAAUAUAUGUAGACAUAAGAAUAUAACCUCAAAGCACAUUACAAAUGUGAAUGUUAAUUAAAUCUUGUCAUGUAAUAUAUUCUAUCAUUAGGUCAUUUUAUUUUUUCAUGAUAUUAUUUGUGCAGUAUUAUGAAGAUAUACAAUGGAGGUUUCAGAGACGAAAAACCUUGUUAGAGAUUUGGACUUAACUCUACAACCUCGCAUUUUUCCACGAUAUAAAUCUUGGCUUCCUCUUGCUACACAGCAGUUAAGACUUAGGAAUCUUAUACAAAUAAUAGGAUGCAAUCUGAAAACAGAUAUAAAUAAUGAAGUUUGCUGGUUUUAUUAUACCUUACAUAGAACAAGUAUGUCCUCUCCUAUAUAUACAAGCGAGGCAAUUGAUAAUACAAAUCCAAGAUGGUCAAGUUUAGAAGUACCAACUAUAUAUGCCACCAGCUAUUCUACUGCCAGUGAAGUCAUUGUAAGAUUGUGGAAAAGGAUAAUCAUCAAUAAUGCAACUACUGAUCUAACCAUAUUUACAUGGGGCAUAUCUUUUACUGGUUUGGCAUAUAUCGGCCCAAAACUAUCAAAUAAUUUAGAAACCAUAUUGAAAGAAAAUUCUCUAAUUUUUCAAUUUCAUGGUGGCUUUUUCACUCCAGUAUAUUGUUUCAUUGAAACUCCUGAAUUAAAAAGGUAUCUACAUAUAAAGGUCAAUGCAUCUGAAAUAAGAGAUAGUUAUACAGUGAGUAAGCUUACCAGCUUAAGAAAUAAAAUGCAAGCAUUAAAACAGCAAACGGAAUCGGUACAAACACUUCGGAUACAAAUUGCUUCUGGAGAUAACUUUCACCCAUCAAAGUAUCCACAAUCUUCAUUAAACAGAUUGUUUCAACCUCGUAAAGUGAGCAGGGAGAAGAAGGCAGAGAUAUUAAAAAUACGUAAGGAAUUAGAGGUAGCAAAAUUUAGAACAAAAUUGUUAGAACAAGAAAGAGCAAGAAAAAUGGGAGAACUAAGAGUGUUAAAUCAGAUGCAUUCUAAUAUUAUGGAAGAAAAUCAAGACUAUGGUUCUGAUUUAAUGGAAAGGUAUAGAGAAUUGAAUAAAGAUAUUGAAAGAUUACAUGAAUGGCGACAAAAUCAAAUAGAUACAAGAGAAACAUAUAUUCAAUUGAGUAGUCAACUUGCACAUAGAAGAAGACAAUUAAUUUCAGAAUUAAGCUUAAUAUAUCCUAUUUCUCAGGGAGGAAACGGAAAAUUUAGAAUACAUGAUGUUCAUUUACCAGAUAGCGAAGAUUUAGAAUUAUCAAAUGAUACUGUAGUUGCUGUAGCAUUGGGAUUUGUUGCGCAUACUACACAAAUGAUCGCCAAUUUUCUUAACAUACCUACUAGAUAUCCUAUUAUACACUAUGGAUCACGUAGUAAAGUUAUAGAUCAUAUUACAGAAAAUUUACCUGACAAUGAAAGACAGUUUCCUUUAUUUGCUCGAAGUAAAGAUAAGCUACAAUUUCGUUAUGCUGUUUACUUACUAAAUAAAAAUAUAGCUCAAUUAAGAUGGUACUGCGGCCUUCCAACAACAGACUUAAGGGCAACACUUCCAAAUCUUGCUACUCUGAUAAAUAUUAAACCAAAUCAAUCACAUUUGGAUAAUUCGAAACGAACAUACUCUACUUCAUCUUUGGAUAUCGAAGUUGGAAAUAGUAAACAAAGUAUAACACCACCAAUGCAAAAAAUAAUUUUUGAAAAAUGCCAUCGAUCUUCACGAUCUAUGAGCCAAUUAAAAAGCAGUCAAUCAAAACGAAUUUGUAAAUCGGAAGAAAGUGCCAUAGACAAUAAAACAUUGGUACUAGUAAAAGAUAGGUCAAGUAAUAGUAGUAAUGAAACUUUAAAUAAUGCUAUUCUAAAUAAUAUAACAAAUGUUGAAAACAGUUCUGAAGGAAAUAAUGAAACUGCAAUAGAAAAUAACAUUGAAAUCAUGAUACCAACUUCAGUGUCAAAGUCAACUAACAUUACAGAUAAUUUUGACAGUCCUGUAAAUAUAAGAGAUAGAAGCUCAAAUUCUAUAAGUAGUUGCGAAAUGGCACUUACUAGUAGUCAAAAUGGGGACGAUAGUUCGAACGAUAACAACAUAAUUAAGAAAGAUGAAGCUAGAGAAUCUAUUUCAAUUAUUAAUGAAAUCUUAAUAAAUAUCAAUGAUGUAGAUAAUACUUUAAAAAAUGGAAAGCACAGCGAAGAUUAUAAUUUAGAAAAUAAAGCUCCACAAGAUCGUGAUAAUCUUAAAAUGGCAGCUAGUGAUAAAAGUUCUAGUAAUCAUGAACAUAUGCCAGUUACAACAGAAACUUCAACGUAUAGAAAAGAACAUUUUACUAAAUCGUGCUUAUCUUUAGAUGAUAUAAUAUCUUGUGCUUAUGAAGAAACUGAAAAGAAAGAAAGAACAAGUUCUAUUUGUAGCUAUCCAGAAGAGUACCUUUCAUCCAAAUAUCUUGCAUCUCGAAAACGAUAUAAUUCUGAAUCGAAAAAAGAUCGAAUAGAUUCUGUACAUUCUAAAAAUUUGUGCCACAAGAACACAAGUAGAGAAUCAGUGGUGGAAACAGAAUUGAUGCAAACAGCACAGAAAUCAGAUUGUUAUUCGUAUGAUGAAACAAACAAAUGUGACUUUCAAGCAUCAGACGAAUACAUAGAUAUUAUUAGACGUAGUUCAGAAAGUGUAUAUGCGCGCACUGAAGCUUUAGCUAAUAAGAAAACCAGUUUUAAAGUUAUGAAACCACGACUGUAGUAUUUGCAUUCUAGAAUCGAACAAAGCGCUGUUGUUGUUGUAAUAGUUGGUUUCCAAACGCACCAGACCCAACAAAAGUUCACUGCAUGUUGUAUAGAAAAGAUUAGACCAAUAUGGACAUUAUCAUUACUAUGUGAAAAUCGAGAAUGUAGCGGUCUCAUAAAUUCUUUUCAUUAUGAAAGA